CGUUGCGGUUGCGGCGCUCUCUCGGCUGGCAGUCGACGUUCGUAAAUGGCGACAUACCGAUGUCGAAUGUUCGUAGCGAAUUGGUGAAUCGUCGUACGUGAUGACGGCUCGUCACUGAACCUCGGACGGCGAUGGGCACGCAAAAGCCGGAAGAAUGGGCGAAUUUGCUGAUCACACGUUUCGAGGAACAGUUGCCGUGUCGCAGUGGCCCACAAACCACACACUCUCGUAUGAACGAAGAAAGAAACAAAAAAUGCCUGGUACAAAUUUCUCGCUACCGUUUCUCUCUUGUAAUAUCCAGUCUGACUAAGAUACUCCAAAAUGUUACUGAAAUGGUACCAUGUCCUGGAAGUCAACGCAUUUUCCACAGUUCUGACCAAGAUCGGCAUUGCUAUGAAUCUAUUAUCAUUGUUUUGGACACUUUGGAAAAGUGUCUUGCAAAUCAACCAAAAGAUACAGUUAAAUUUGACGAAGCUAUGAAUGUAAAGUUUCUGCUUAGAGAAAUAUGCCAAUUUAUAGAUAUUCCAAAUGAUAGUGCUCAAAAUACUCAUUUAAAAAAUUUGGCAAGCAAAGUAUUGUUUGCAUUGAGCUUAAACUUUUUCAAUGCUGUGUUUAACAGAAUAUCAGCUAGACUUCAAGAAUUAGCAAAAUGUGGCGAUGAAAAUGUUGAUUACAGUGAUAUUGAACUAAUUCAACAUAUUAAUGUGGAUGUUCAUAGACUAAUAAAACUAUUAAAUGAAACUAUUAAAAAAUUUAAGCAACUGAAAAAAUCAGCGCACAUUGUUCUUAUGAAUUCAUUGGAAAAAGCAAUUUGGAACUGGAUGGAUACUUAUCCACAUGAAUUUGCUGAUAUUCAAAAAAAGCCUACUGAAGAUCUUGGAAAAGCAUGUGAAGAAUUGUUUGACAUUCUUGACACAUUUGCAGACAAUAAAAAAGGAAGAGCUGCAGCCGUUUGGCCUCUACAAAUUAUGCUUCUGAUACUUUCACCAAAAGUUUUAGAGGAAAUAGUUAAUGCUGAUUCUGGUGCCCCUUGUGUGGCAAAACAUAUGAAAAAAAAGCAAUUUAUUGAAAUGGUUAAAAGGGGUCUAGGAAUGCAUGGUAGCUCUAGCAGACAAAUAGUAGAAGCUGCAGCAGUCACCUGUAUUAAACUUUGUAAAGCGUCAACAUACAUAAACAAUCUAGAUUCGAAGAACGUCAUCUUCACGCUUGUUCAACAUGUAAUUAAUGAUUUAAUGGCACUACUUUUUAGUCCGGGAAAGCUAUUCUCUCGUGGCCAAAGCUACGUUGCCCAAGACAUCGACCUAAUGAUAGACUGUUUUGUUAGCUGUUUUCGCAUUAAACCUCACAACAACGAAGUACUUAAAGUCUGCUUGAACCUGAGUUCUCCAUCAACAUACCAAUUUGUCUUGGUUAGCUCAUUAUACAAAAUUGUAACUCAACCAAGACUGCCGUGGUGGCCUCAAAUAGAUCUUCUGUAUUCGCGCAGUACAGAACUUAGGAAUAUGUUUACCGAUAUUUUAAGCAAAGUGACACAGAGUUACAUAUCACACACACCAUUGCGAGUGAUUCAAAGCUUCACACUCAAAGGUAAAGAACAGAAUAAGUAUAGAGACCGUGGAGAAGAAAUAUCCAGUUACAGAAAUUUAUUAUUAUGGAUGGUGAAACUUAUUCAUGCCGACCCCAUGUUAUUGCUAAAUAAUCAAGGGAAAGCUGGUCAUGAAAUACAAAGCUCCACAUUAGAAUUAAUUAACGGUUUAGUUUCUUUGGUUCAUCAACCGACAAUGUCAGAUAUAGCAUACGAAGCAAUGGAAGCGUUAUUAGUAUUACAUCAUCCAGAUAAGAUAAAAGCGUGGAAUCCGGAAGCUCCGAUCAAUACAUUUUGGGAUGUUAGUUCACAAGUUCUGUUCUCCAUUUCUCAAAAGUUAAUUCAACAUCAUAUUGUUAAUUACACCUGUAUACUAAAAUGGCUUAGGGAAAUAUUGAUUUGUAGAAACGCUUUUCUAGCACAGCAUAAGGAUUAUGCAAAUGUGGGUAGUCAGAUUGCUAUCUGUAAGCAGGCACACAUUAAAAUGGAGGUGGUACUUUUCUUGUACUUGUGGAGUAUAAAUAUGGAAGCGGUUUUAGUAUCAAUGUCUUGUUUUGCGUUGUUGUGUGAAGAAGCAGAAAUACGAUGCGGUAGUGAUGAAGUAGCCGUAACUUGUUUACUUCCUAACUAUCAUUUAUAUCUUGAAUUGGCACAAGCUUCUACUGCGUUAAUCACUGCCAGCGGGGAAAGUGAAAUAUGUUAUCACGAUCAUAAUCAGGGACGCGCUGCUUUACAAAAAAGAAUUAUGGCCUUAUUGAGGAAGAUAGAACAUUGUGUGAAUGGUGUACAACCUGCUUGGGAAGAAACAUUUAGAAACUGGGAAAUAACUUCUCGGCAACUGGUGAAUUAUCCCAAAUUUAAAAUCGAGGAUGGUCAAAUGGAGUACCACCGAAGUACAGGAAAACGUAGAGCAUCGCAUCAAAAUUCGGAACAUGAAUUAGAGGAUCAAAUUAAUGAGUGGGCAAAUAUGACGGGAGUUCUAUGCGCUUUAGGUGGAGUGUGUUUGCAGAAACGGUCUUCAAAUAAACCAUUAUCAGGCAUGCUACCAAAUCCUGAUUUAAAAAAAUGUUCGUCAAAGCAGGAGCAUUGUUUAUCAAAUCCAAGUCAAGAAGUUCAAUAUUGCACGCAGUUUGUUUUUAAUUUGUUGCGUCUAUUGAUUUGUAAUAACGAAAAAUUUGGAAACCAAAUUCAGAACCACGUUAAGGAAUUAGUUGGUCAUGAAAUGAGUCCUGCACUAUAUCCAAUACUUUUCGAUCAGAUCAAAAGCAUAGUUGAGAAAUUCUUUAACCAGGCUGGACAAAUUGUAGUAGAAGAUGUUAACACUCAAUUCAUUGAACAUAUAAUAUUUAUCAUGAAAAAUAUACUGGACUCAAAGACAGAACAGCCUUCUGAAUAUCUUGGAAUGACGAGUAUAGAAGGAAUGAUGUUAGCAAUAGUCAGAUAUGUUCGACAUUUGGACAUGACCGUUCAUUCUAUUCACAUUAAAACUAAAUUAUGCCAGCUUGUCGAAGCAAUGAUGAAACGGCGGGAUGAUUUAGCAUUUCGACAAGAAAUGAAAUUCCGAAAUAAACUCGUGGAAUAUUUAACCGAUUGGGUGAUGGGUGCUACGCAUCAAAUUACUCCAUCAACUAGUGCAGACAUAACUGUUUUCACCAGGGAUUUGGAUCAAGCUUGUAUGGAAGCAGUGGGGGCAUUAUUACGAGGUCUUCCUUUGCAACCUGAAGAAUCGGACCGUGGUGAUUUGAUGGAAGCAAAAUCUCAAUUAUUUUUAAAAUAUUUUACACUCUUCAUGAACUUGUUAAAUGACUGCAACGAAGCCGCUGCAGAAGAAAAGGAACUCGCGUCUCAGCAGCCACGUUUGUCUAGCGGUAAAUUGUCUACACUACGAAAUGCUACCAUACAAGCAAUGAGUAAUCUUCUCAGUGCAAACAUUGAUAGCGGUUUGAUGCAUUCAUUAAGUUUGGGUUAUAAUCCUGAUUUACAAACGCGAGCAGCAUUUAUGGAAGUUCUCACUAAAAUUCUUCAACAAGGAACAGAAUUUGAUACACUAGCAGAGACAGUAUUAGCCGAUAGAUUUGAGCAAUUGGUUCAACUCGUAACAAUGAUUAGCGACAAAGGAGAAUUGCCUAUCGCGAUGGCUCUAGCUAAUGUUGUAACAACAAAUCAAAUGGAUGAGCUAGCUCGAGUUUUUGUGACAUUGUUCGAUGCAAAACACUUAUUAUCACCACUCUUAUGGAAUAUGUUCUACCGUGAGGUGGAAGUCUCUGAUUGCAUGCAAACUUUAUUUCGAGGAAAUAGUCUUGGAAGCAAAAUUAUGGCAUUUUGUUUCAAAAUUUAUGGUGCAAGUUAUUUACAAAAUUUAUUGGAACCAUUAAUAACACCGCUAUUGGAUGACACGACAACUGGUUUUGAAGUUGAUAGCGCAAGAAUGGACACCAACGAAGACAUAGAACAAAAUGGACGCAAUUUGAUAGCAUUGACCCAAAAAGUAUUUGAUGCUAUAGUAUCUUCAGCCGAUCGGUUUCCGCCACAACUGCGAUCUAUGUGUCAUUGCCUAUAUCAAGUACUUAGCAAAAGAUUUCCACAAUGUCCUCAGAACAACAUUGGCGCAGUAGGAACAGUAAUAUUUUUGCGUUUCAUCAAUCCGGCUAUCGUAUCACCUCAAGAAAUGGGUAUUGUGAACAAACCUGUACCUUCUCAAGUGAAAAGAGGUCUCAUGUUAAUGUCUAAAAUACUUCAAAAUAUUGCGAAUCAUGUUGAGUUCAGUAAAGAACAACACAUGUUACCCUUCAAUGAUUUUUUGCGGGCGCAUUUUGAAAUUGGAAGAAGAUUUUUCAUACAAAUAGCGUCUGAUUGUGAAACGGUAGAUCAGGCCAGUCAUCCAAUGUCAUUUGUGUCAGAUGCCAAUGUGCUAGCACUACACAGAUUGCUUUGGAAUCAUCAAGAAAGAAUCGGUGAUUACCUUAGCAGCAGCCGCGAUCAUAAGGCGGUAGGCAGAAGACCUUUUGAUAAAAUGGCUACGCUGCUGGCGUAUCUUGGUCCUCCCGAACACAAACCGGUAGAUUCACAUUUAGUAUUUUCUUCAUCUUACGCUCGGUGGUCAAGUAUUGAUAUGUCUUCAACUAAUUUCGAAGAAAUUAUGGUGAAACAUAAUGUACAUGAAAAGGAAGAAUUUAAGAGUAUCAAGAAUUUAAAUAUCUUCUAUCAAGCGGGAACCAGUAAACAAGGAUACCCUAUAUUUUAUUACAUUGCUAGACGUUAUAAAACCUGUCUUGGUGAUACACACGAUGAGUUGCUGAUAUAUCACGUCAUUCUCACAUUAAAACCAUUUUGGCAUGCUCCGUACGAAUUGGUUGUCGACUUCACACAUACGUGUUCAGACAAUCGGUUUAGAACUGACUUUCUACAAAAAUGGUUAUAUAUAUUGCCUAAAACCGCCUACGAGAAAAUUCACGCUGCAUAUAUUUACAAUUGCAAUAGCUGGGUAAGGGAAUACACGAAGUUCCAUGACAGAAUUUUGGCGCCCUUAAAAAACAACAAAAAAGUAAUUUUUCUUGAUGGACCGAAUCGUUUGAACGAUGUGAUUGACAUUGACCAACAAAAACUGCCUGGUGCUACGCUCUCUUUGGACGAAGAUUUGAAGGUUUUCAACAGCGCCUUGAAACUUUCUCACAAGGAAACUAAGGUAUCCGUGAAAGUUGGACCAACUGCUAUACAAAUUACGUCGGCGGAGCGAUGCAAAGUACUAUCGCAUUCCGUUCUUUUAAAUGAUGUUUAUUACGCGUCAGAAAUUGAAAAGGUUUGUUUACUAGACGACAAUCAAUUCACAUUAACCAUCUCAAACGAAACAGGCCCAUUAUCUUUCAUUCACAACGAUCGCGAUAGCAUCGUUCAGGCUAUAAUUCAUAUAAGAAAUCGAUGGGAACUGUCACAGCCAGAGUCUGUAUCGGUUCACCCAAAGAUUCGACCUAAACAUGUACCCGGCACAUUAUUAAACAUGGCUUUAUUAAAUCUCGGUAGCUCGGAUCCAAAUCUGAGAACAGCAGCAUAUAAUCAAUUAUGCGCUUUAACUGCAACAUUUGACUUGAAAAUAGAAGGACAACUGUUGGAAACAUCUGGACUCUGCAUACCAUCGAAUAAUACAAUAUUCAUAAAACAUCUCAGUGAAACAUUAGCCUCCAAAGAUCCACACUUAACUCUGGAAUUUCUAGAAGAAUGCAUACAAGGAUUCCGAUUAUCGAGCAUCGAAUUAAAACAUUUAUGUUUAGAAUAUAUGACUCCAUGGUUGAAUAACCUUGUGCGAUUUUACAAACCGAAUGACGGAGGAGGAAAACGUCAGAAGCAAGUGACAGAAAUUUUAGAAAAAUUAAUUACGUUGACCAUCGAGGAAGUGGAAAUGUAUCCAAGUAUACAAGCCAAGAUAUGGAGCACGAUUGGAAGAUUGCCGGAUUUAAUAGAUACAGUACUCGACAAUUUUAUUCAACGUAGUGCCAACGAACUUGGAUCUCCAACAGUUGAAAUAAUGGCAGAUACAGCAGUAGCUUUGGCAUCUGGAAAUGUUCAGUUGGUCGCAAAGAAAGUAAUAGGAAGACUCUGUCGAGUUGUGGACAAAACCUGUACUUCUCCAACACAAUUACUAGAACAGCAUACAGGAUGGAAUGAUAUUGCUAUUCUAGCGAGAUAUUUACUGAUGUUGUCUUUUAAUAACUGCCUGGAUGUGGGGAAACAUCUGCCCUACUUGUUUCACACAGUAACGUUCCUCGUCUGUUCCGGAAGUUUGAGUAUGCGAGCAUCUACCCAUGGAUUGGUCAUCAACAGUAUCCACUCGCUUUGCACCUGUAGUUCUCCUUCUUUUUCAGAGGACACUUACAGAAUAUUGCGAAUGAGUUUAGAUGAAUUUUCUCUUCCAAAGUUCUAUUUACUUUUUGGUAUAAGUAAAGUAAAAUCAGCUGCGGGUACAGCAUUUAAAUCUAGUUAUAAACAGUCGAGCGAGAAAUGGGCCAGCACUGAGCGUAGUAUUACAGGCACACACGAAAAAGAGAGACUCUCAUUAACUAGCUUAGAAAUUAUCACGGAUGCUCUCCUUGAAAUAAUGGAGGCUUGUAUGCGAGACAUUCCACAAUGUGAUUGGUUGAAAACCUGGACUUCCUUGGCAAGAAAUUUCGCAUUUUGCUACAAUCCGGCUCUUCAACCAAGAGCUCUGAUCGUUUUCGGAUGCAUCAGUAAAAGUAUUAAUGAUCAAGAUAUGAAACAGUUACUAAGGAUACUGGUAAAGGCAUUGGAAAAUUUUAGUGAUAUCACUUUGCUCGAAGCAAUUAUUAUGUGCCUCACUCGGUUACAGCCGCUACUGAGAUCAGAAUCUCCAAUACAUCGGUCUUUAUUUUGGGUAGCAACAUCGGUUCUUCAAUUGGAUGAAGCAUCCUUAUAUGCAUGCGGCUUAGCACUUCUUGAACAAAACUUGCAUACUUUAGAAUCUCAAGGAAGUUUUGAUGACAAGACUCUGGAACAUGUUAUGAUGUCUACUCGUGAACCUUUAGAAUGGCAUUUCAAACAGUUGGAUCAGGCUGUAGGACUAUCAUUCAAGUCUAACUUCCAUUUUGCAUUAGUUGGACAUCUUUUGAAGGGAUAUAGACAUCCUACUCCAACGACUGUAACCAGAACAGCCAGAGUGCUCACUAUGUUGUUAGGUAUUGUAGCGAAACCAUUCAGAAGGGACAAAUUUGAAGUAACACCGGAAAGCGUAGCUUAUUUAGCUGCUUUGGUAUCAGUAUCGGAAGAAGUGAGAAGUAGAUGCCAUAUUAGACAUUCGAUUACAAAAAAUGCAGAAUCGGGUAGUACAGACUGUAUUGAUAACUUGCUUCCUCAUAAUGCAGAUACAUCAAAUGCAACAACUAGUAAUCCUACGAAUCGCCGUCAAAAAUCGUGGGAUUUAUUGGAUCAGUCCGCACUCACUCAGGCUAGGCAACAAAAACAGUAUUCAACGCAUCAGACUGGGCGGAUUUUAUUUAAAACGCAGCGAUCCUUUUCGGUACCGACUGCAAAGGAAACAAAAUCCACUGAAGAAGCGGAACCAAAGAAUCGAAGUGCCAGAGUAAGUGUCAGUAAUGAAAACAAUGUAUUACUCGAUCCAGAAGUGCUGACGGACUUUUCAACACAAACUUUAGUUUUAACUGUUCUGGUUACUUUGGUGAAAAAUUCAACUGAAGAAAAUGAGCAACGAAUUCUUUAUGAAUACCUUGCAGAAGGUUCUGUAGUUUUUCCAAAGGUAUUCCCUGUAAUUCACAAUCUGCUCGAUGCAAAAAUCAAUAAUGUUUUGUCUUCCUGUCACGAUCAAGGCAUACUAAAUUCUGUGCAAGCAAUUAUACAGAAUAUGAUUGCAUGUGAAGAUACAAGCCAACAACAACUACAUUAUUUACAAAGUUGUGGAUUUGGAGGACUAUGGAGAUUUGCUGGUCCGUAUACAAAUUCUAAUUGUACAGCCAAAAGUGCUCAGUUAUUCGUGAAUUGCUUAGAAGCAAUGAUAGAGACGUGUCUACCAGUUGAUGAAGUUGAAGGAUCAAACAGUAACGAAGUUCCACCUGAGAAAAGUAAACGAACGGAUAUACAAGCUUCAGAAGGCUCGUUGAAAACCAAAAAUUCGAAACAAUGGUCUAAUCGAACCAGUACACGUACAUUUUCCGAAAGAAAGGAUGAAAAUUCUCGAAACACUAUAACCGUCGUUCACAGAGAUCGCAGUACUGAAAACAGAGGAGACAUUUCUGGGGAUUCUGUGAUCCAAGGAGGAAGCACUUGUAGUAGUGGCUGUUCACAACCUUAGCAAUUAGCGUGUGAAUUUAAGAAACAGUACUGUAAACAUGGGCGAAAAGGGCAAGUUGGUUGGAAAUUGCAACGACAACUAAGGAACGCAAACAUUUUGGCUCCGUGUUAUUGCUGCAACAUGUCAAAUCAGUUUAAUCCAAUGCCGUCCACCUCAUGUUAACGAACCCACUGGAAUGGAAUCCAACACACAUUACGCAUUCUUGUUUUCUUCAUUAUUUUCUUAACUCGGAAGAUGUGUUAAAAAAGUAAAACAAUACGAAUGGAUAUGGUAAAUAUGAAAUUUGGGAGACCACGAACCUUGAUAACACAUGUGAAGGUCAAUGUCAUUGGAGAUGAAACUCCUAUACUUUACUUUUAUCACGGAUACUACUAUAUUUAUGAAAGUCGUAAUUGAUUCUUAGUAGAAAUUUAAAUUUAUGUAAGUGCAUUCAGUGAGCUCGAAUACUUCCUGCGUUGUUUUUAUAACUUGAAUUCAAACGAAACAUUCACGUUUAAUCUUAGGACGCUUAAGGAAAAGUUAGAAAAUGUUCACAGAAUUUAAGUUUUGUAUCAAAAAGUUAUUAAAUUUAAUGGAUGUAAACAGUAUAUUAUUGAAUUCUAAAUAAAUAUAUUUUGAACAGACUUGCUGAAACCUUAAGCAGACUAGGAUUAACAAUGUUUUGUAGAUAUGUAAAUAUGCACAAAGUGUAUACAGGUAAUUGUUAGCUUCAAAAUAAGACAUUUACAUAAUGUUAUUUUAUUGUCAGUUAAAUAACACAGAUGGAUUGAAAAACUCGAGCUUAGUUACAGUAGUAUCCGUACGUGUCUGCUAUUGCUUAUUUUGCUCCAAAUUAAACGUAUAUCCUUGUAUCAACAGUCUACAAUCCCGUAUUCUUUGAAAAUUCGUUUUGGACUUGACAGGUAAUUUGUAUUUAAAGUGGAAGAAAUUAUAAAGUGUCAAACAGUUGACCUUUGUUGCAUCGUUGUUGCAUCGCAACGAUAUUUGAACGAGAAAUUAUAAAAUAAUUUUAACAGUUAAUCUAGUUUGUAGUAUCAUGGCAGAGGUGAGAUGUUUAUCUAAAUGUUUCUAACCCUUUACAGCUAAAUAUUUUUAUAUCAUAGACCGAAUCUGUUUCUCUUUCUGAACAGAUUUAACAUAGCUCUACGUUGUUAGAAUAAUAUUAUUAUAUACAUAGUUUAUCAGAGAAUUCUUAUUCCAUGUACAGCUAUAAAGGGUUAAAUGCGUUUAUUUUUCAUUUCAAUGUACAGUAGAGGAGAAUGGUAUCUUACGACAGACACUCGGUUCUAUUUCUUCGACUUGAUUGCGGCAGACGAUUAAAGAGAAUGUAGUUGUUAAUAUUAUAACGUGACAGGCGAGAAAUACUCGUUGCAUCGAAACGAUGUGUGUUUCACCAGGGAUUCGCUGAGAACUAUGACGAAAAAGCAUUCAAUAUGCUUACAUAAAUACAUAACAGAAUUUUUCUACGAACAUAGAGAUAUAUUAUAUCGAGAGGAAUGUAUUCGCGCGAAUAAUCACGAACUUUUCGUGUUUUCAGAUAUAUAUCAUGUGAAGAAAAAGAAUGUAAUUUGUUCAGAAUAGAAUUCCCGAGCAGGGCAGUAUCCUGCGAAGUAUUAUUAUUUAGUUUUAUAUUUAUUAUUUGAAUGUAAUUGAAUUUUAUUAGAAAAAAAGAACAAACGAACAAAAACAAAAUACAAACGAUAAGAUGUAUGUGUGCGUUCUGCGAAAUCGUGAUUAUUGAGAAUAUCGAGUUUUCUCUUUAAUAGAAUUUCGAGAGGGAUGAAACUCGCCUCUCGAAUACAAUUAUUAUAUAAUAGUAUAGGUUCAACCCCUUACGCUUGGCGUAUAUUGUAUGUAUGUGGACUGAAAGUUAAGUAUCAUAAAUCAAAAAUGAUGUUUUGCUUUAUUGACACCUGCAACGAAAAUUCGCUCUGUGACUAAUUUGUUUAUGAAAUGUUGUUCCAAGAUAUGUUCACUGAAAGACUAAUACCUUAUUAACAAUUGCAGUGAUAUUCACAUCAGUUGGGAAAAGUUGUUUUCAAACAUUUCAAAAAAAUUUAUAUAUAGCUAUUUUGUUAUCUAUCUAUCCUAUUUGGAGAAAUGAAAUACACACUGAUUUGAAUAACUUCAUAAUAUGUACAUGUUUCUUGUAACUUUCUGUUUGUUCCACAAAAAAAAAAAAUUUCUUGGAUUAAAACAAAAUUAUUAAAGAAUUUCUAGCAAACUGCGAACACUGUCUAGUUUCAUCUUUUUUCAACCUGUUAACUGGGUGAUUGCAUAUGUAAACAAAGGAUCCUAAUCUUGAUUUAUACUGCAUUACACGCAAAAACGAUGUAACAUACCCUAUUACAGAUAUAUGAUUAGGCUUAUCAGUAAUCAAGUUACAGUUUGAAUGCAAACUGCUAUGUACUCUUCGGUUAACAGGUAAAGGUAGUUUUCUAGAAACCGUAGUAGUUUAAUUUAAAGCGUUAUUGAGUCGCUGUUAUUGGAAUUAACGGUUUAAAAACAUAGGGAAACUCUGCGUUACAGAUCUUCCAAAAAAAGCGUCAGGGGGUUGAUUAUGCGACGAUGCUCUGGACCAGAAUGCGUCCGGUGCAUUGAUGUGUCGAUUCGUCUGGAGACGCUCGUGCUAUCGGACGAUUAUUUCUAGAGUUCUCUAAAACGAAACACCAAUGAUUCUAUUGUCUACUACUUAUUGAAGUACAAAGUGAGACCAUGCGUUAUUUUCCCCCGCAGUGUACAACGGCACAAAGGGAUAUUUCUAAUUACUAGUGAUUAGAAAGAUAAAUUGCGAUCGGCCCCGGCAGAAGCCUCGAUUCUUCCAUUCGAAAACAAUGGCUACGAAUGCGAAAGAUAUAUGCAUUGCGUAAAUAUAGUAGCUUAAUUGCAGCAAUAUAGAGGUAUCUGUAUUGAAUUCGUUCAUGCGUUUGUAGGUAGUAUACAUAUAACAUACAACAUACAGAUGGUAUCUUCAGUUGAUCGGACAUUUAACGGAUAAUGCGAUGAAAUCAUCGUGAUUUGUUCGCAUUUAAAUAACAUUUGACAUUAAGAAUCUUUUGGUUUCGCGCGCACGUCUAAUUUUUGAUUAGAUCAUUUCAAUCGUUUCGUAAAGCAAAAUUUAGAAGUUUCGAACCCCGUCUCAUGAACGACCUAACACUUAUAAAAAUUCUGUAUUCAGAAUGUUUCGUAAAGUAUCCGAUAUACAGGAAACUAUUGUGUCAAUCCAAGAUGAGCUAAUAUUGUUGUUCCAUAUUUAUUAGGUUGUGUAACAAGUCCGGUCGCGCUUUCUUAUAAGAAAAUAUGAUACCGCGCAGUCGUCGAUGCGAACGGAUUUAUUAUACAAUUUCAGCCUAAUCUACCCUGUCUUAAAGUAGACACUUCCAACUUUCAUUUAAGCUAAGUUGCAUAGAAAUCGCCCCAUAAGAACAUAUUUUAAAAUUCAUCUGUACUAUCGCUUUGAAUUCGUGUAAUUUUCCUUAUUUUUCUUAUGUGUCAGAGAUCCGCGAACGGACGUAUUGCACAACCUAAUACACAGUUUGAACUUAAAAAUUUACGAUUGAUACCGAAUGUAAACACUUUAAGUUACCUGAAGACGUAGAACCCCAAUUUCGAAUACUAAUUUCCUGAAUAUAUCGUAUGUUACGAAACACUCUAUACAUAAAUAUUUGAUAAACUAUAUUAAUAUUCGUAUAGGACAUCAUGUUUCAAAGAGUUCUAAUGAUUUUACGAUAAUGAAAUUGUUUCCGACAGUUCAACUAAAGGAAUAUAUGUUACUAUUAGGAAAGAUAAUUCAAUAGAUUCGAGUGUCCAUGUAAAAUGUUGAUUUAAGAUGUACAGUCUCCUAAAUGCUUGUACUUAGAUAUUUUUUAAGCACCACGAGUCGACUUGCGCUGCGAAUAAAGCGUUGUUAAUCUAGUUAAAUGUUUAAGUGUUAUAUCUAUUUUAUGCGGUAAUUGCAAAAUAUAAAACGACAGAUAUCUUGAACAGAGA